CUGUCCAGACCUUGCUGAGUAUCAAGCUUCUGAGAAGAAAAUCAGCAAGAUAGAAACAAAGUUGAAAAGAAAAAAAAAAAAAGAGAGAGGAUUUGUGGAGGCCAGAGGUACCCAAUCCCUUGUCCACAGCACAUUGGGAACUGGUCCAGGCAAGCAGCAGAUUGAGAAGAAUUAUUGAACACUGACCAUAGCAAGAUGAUGGAAGCAAUUAUCUUAUCUCCCCACACUAUUACAAUGAAAACAAAUCACACAGAGCCACAUAUAAGCAGCAAAAGGUUUUUCAUGGAAAUGGUGGGAGCCUUAUCCAUUCCAAUCUGUUUCUGGGGAUUGAUUGGGAAUGCAGCUGUUUUUUGGCUUCUCUGCCGCAAGGUGAAGAAGACAACAUUCAUAGUUUAUUUUCUCAAUUUGAUAAUAGCCGAUUUUAUUGUGGCUGCUUACUUCCUUACAGUGUUUUGUGUAUUUCUGACAUCACUUUUUAUCAGUUAUUAUUUUUUACGUACAAUGGAGAGUAUUUAUUCAUUGUCAAGCAAUGCCAGCAUUUUUUUAUUAACAGUUAUAUGCUUUGAAAGGUAUGUCAUGGUCUCUUUCCCACUCUAUUAUCAACAGCACCGUCCAAAGGACUUCACAACGAAUAUGUGCUGCAUAAUAUGGUUCUGGUCUUUCCUAGUGGCCCUGAUGUUAUAUGUUGGCUGCUACCCACAAUUGUUUUCAGUCUCCGCUCCAAGGUCUUCUAUAUGUCAUGGUGCAUUACUUUUUGAAUCUAUUGUUCAGCUUAUGGUUUUUUUCCCCAUCAUGUCCUUUUCUGCUUUCUCUCUUUUUAUCAGAAGGCGGAAAAGAGCAAAGCAAAGGACCAAAUCAAGACUUGACAUCACCCUCAUAAUCAUAGUUGUCCUUUCUCUUAUUUGCAUUUUUACAUUUCAAACUCUUGGUUUUAUAAGCAACUGGGUUUAUGAACUUCGUGAACCAACUUUAUUUAAACUCUCUCUGCUGUUUGACUCCAUCAAGAGCAGCAUCAACCCUUUGGUCUAUUUCUUCGUUGGAAAUCAGCAAAGACAGAAGGUCACAGAGCCUAUGUAUAAGUUGCUUGAGAGAGCUUUGAAUGACAAAGAAAGCACAGAUACUCCGGACACGUUAGCUACAGCUGGUCACAAAGGAAUUUGUACAUCAGAAAUGAAAAAAACAUAAAGACGUAUCUGAUGAAACUUUUUCUUUCCCCAAAAAUGCAUAUUACAGAUAUAUUUACCAUUUGCUACUUCUAAUUUAGUUUACUACCUAAGGCCUUUAGGAGAAUCAAGCUCAUGUUUUAAAAAAUGGGAUUUUAAGAUUUUAUAUUUGUAAGGGCUACUUUGCCUGGGGGCCAAAGCCUACAAAAAGCACGAUCAAAAAGUAUGAUCACAUAAAAAUGAAAACUACAUACAUACCAACCCUAUAAAGUGGACUAUUCAUAUUGCUUUGCUAAAAAUAAAACUAACACUAUUAACUGAA